CGCCUCGAACUGCCAGCGUGGAAAGAUCGAUUUCCUAGCGGCGUGUACGGAGAGAGAGAGAGAGAGGGAGCGAGCGUUCGCGGCCGAGUGUUUACCGGGAUCACGUUGUGGACUCGGUCCCCCCCUGUGUGAGCGAUGACUCGCCAGUGACGACGGUACGCCGGAGAUAGAUCUCCUCGCCGAGAGCACGUCCCCACCGGGAUCACCCGCGGGAGCGAGGAUGCUGCGUGCGGUCUUCGCCGUCCUGCUGCCACGGUUCCUCGCACUGUCGCCGUUGCUGCUCCAUUCAGGCAUCGUCGCCCUACGCAUGACGUCCCUGCAGAUACCGGAGCACGUCGUGCUGAAUGAGACGGUGCGCAUGCAGUGCAACUUCAACCUGGACAAAGAGCUAUUGUACUCGGUGAAGUGGUACAAGGACGGCCACGAAUUUUAUCGCUAUGUGCCGAGAGACGCGCCCACGGUGCUGACAUUCCCGGUGCCCGGUGCGAACGUGAACACGCACGAUUCCACCGAGAGUUCGGUCGUCCUGAACAACGUGAAUCUCACGAGCUCGGGGAGAUAUCGAUGCGAGGUAUCGGCCGAGGCUCCCGCCUUUCAGACCGUCUCUGAUCACGCGGACAUGAUUGUGGUCGUUCUACCUAACGAAGGACCGCAGAUAACCGGUGGCCGUUCCAAGUAUCAGGUGGGCGAUGUCGUUCGCAUGGACUGCACGUCGGCACCUUCUAAACCAGCUGCGCUGUUGUCCUGGUUCAUCAACGACGAGCCGGCCGACACGGACUACCUGAUAGGACCCAACGUUAUCGCAGUCGACGAGAACUGUUUGGAGACCGCGGUGCUCGGUCUGGAGUUCCGCGUUGCGAACAAGCACUUCAGGCGGGGCGACAUGAAACUAAAGUGCUUGGCCACAAUAGCCACGGUCUAUCUGCAGAGCAACGAGGAGAGCGUGGAGGGCGACGAGAGCGUUCUGAAGACGCCCGUGAUGGAGAGCCGCGAGACCCGGGCGCAGAGUCACACUCGCGAGGACCUGGCGAACGGAUCCGCAGAAGCCGCAGUCCAACGGACGACCCGCCUCGUCGUCGUCGCCGCCGUCGUCCUGAUCACAACGAUCGCGCGACGUUUAGAAAGUUGUUCCGAGAGCAAAAAAUUUUUGGAUAAAAAUCAAGCGAAAAACAUGGAGCCCAUGUCUUUGGGAUCACCGAUAGGCAGUCCUAUACAAAUCCCUGGUAGUCCAGGAAGCUCCUCGGCGUAUUUGCCAAGUUUCCUCUUGGGUGAUACUAAUACCCCUACGAAGAUCAUGACACCUCAGGAUAAUCCUCGACACUUGAAUAUCACCAGUGCUAGUCUAAUAUCGCCGAUUUCAUAUGGAACUCCAGAUUACCGGUCCAAUCGUCAGAAGGCAGUAUUUGGAAACACUACAUCUCCCAGUACACCACAGAUGAAUACAAAGAAUCAUACUGGAGGACCCCCAACUCGUGGACUGUUCGAUGUUCUCGAAACUUCUCAACUGUCUUCUUCGUAUACAUCAACUAUGAAUUCCAACGUCACGUCCACGCAAGCCAAUCAAUCAAAGCUCAUGAUGAACACUAUAUGCAGUCCUAUACUUUUCCCAGACAGUCCAGUAACUUCAAACACAAGUGAAUCCCAGGGUCUGCUGCAGUGGGUGACUGUCUUUGGUUUUCUGCCAACCGAUAUUAACGCUGUGCUGUCUCACAUCUCCAGCAGAGUUCGGAUAGUGGAUAAACACCCACCUCCACAACCACAGAGUAAUUGGGUGCAUCUGAAGUGCGCGUCGGAGCAAGAAGCACAAAGAGCUCUCACGUGCAACGGCAGCAUCGUUUCGGGCUCGAUCAUGAUUGGUGUGAUACCGUGCACGGACGAAGGUGUUGUUAUGAGCUCGGACAAAGAGAAUCGCGCUAAGCUGAACGGCAGCAUAAGGUCGUUCUCGUCGGUUGCGAAGGGUAGUCAGUCUCCGAAUUUCAACGUGUCGCCCGGCAGACGACGAAAGCUGAGGUCUUUGGCAGCGGGUUACAAUCAACAUUUUAGCCCGCAAACAGCGCAAUCGCCAGAGAACGUGCCACAAAAGUCGGCCGGUUUAGUAUCGAAAGCAAUGGAAUAUAUGUUCGGCUGGUAAUCUGAUUAUACCGAAUCUUACAUCUUUCGCAAAACUUAAAAAAUUGUAUAAGAAAAGAAAAUACGAAAAAUGAUCAAUGUGAUUUUUAA